AUGGAACAAGAUAUCUCGGCACUCCCACCAACCACAGUGGCAAAUUCCAGCAAGACCACAGAGAUNCAAGAUAUCUCGGCACUCCCACCAACCACAGUGGCAAAUUCCAGCAAGACCACAGAGAUCACGAAGAUCUCUCACCUGGCCUCUGCUGUUUUGCUCUUCAUCACCUUCCUGGUGGGUGUGGUGGGGAACGGGAUGUUCCUGUGGGUGCUGGGGCUGAAGAUGAGGAGGACGGUGACCACGCUCUGGUUCCUUCACCUGGUCUCCUGCUACCUUCUCUUCACCCUGCUGAUCCCCUUCUUCGCCAUCUAUGUCCUCCUGGGUUUCCACUGGGUCUUUGGCAUGGCCAUGUGCAAGCUUCUCAAUGCCUUCGGUUCCAUGGGCAUGUUCUCCUCCGUCUUCCUUCUCACACUCAUCAGUCUGGACCGCUACACCCUCACUCACCAUCCCAUUUGGUCGAGGAAUCACCGCACCAUGCCCCGGGCAUGGAAGCUGGUCGUGGGCGUGUGGCUGGCCUCCUUCAGUCUCAGUGCUCCCUACUUGGCUUUCCGGGAGACCCGCGUGGUGGACAGGAGCAGGAUUACCUGCAUCAAUAAUUACAACAUCUCCGGGAACUGGAAUGGAGCUGAGACACAGAACCUGGGCAGACAGACCCACCUGGCCAUCUUCUUGGUCCGGUUCCUGCUGGGAUUCCUGCUGCCCUUCUGCACCAUCGUGGGAUGCUAUGUCCGCGUGGGGCUGAAGAUGAAGGAGAAGAAACUGUCAUGGGCAGGGAAGCCCUUCAAAGUCAUGAUGGCCACGAUGGUUUCCUUCUUCCUUGGCUGGCUGCCCUACCACCUCUACCAUGGCUUGAAGCUCUACGAGAAGGAGGUGCCAGAGUCGGUGACAGAUGCCCUCCUGGUAAUUUACACCUUAACAUCCUGCUUCAAUGCCUCCUUCUCUCCCAUCCUCUACCUCUUUGUGGGGGAGAAGUUCUGGCAGGUCUUCAGGAUGUCUCUUAUCACUCUGGCCAAAGAGGCUUUUGUUGAUGAUCUCAGUGCCCCUGAAUCUAAUGGAAGACAGAUGUCAGAAGUUGAGAAAUCAAAAGAAGAGAUGGUCUGAAGGUGCCCAGACUUAGGGAGAGUUGAAAACUUGGCAUCCCCUUUGUUCCUAGAUUCCCGCUGGUUCUGAAAGCUGAUGGGAUCGAGGUAUCUCAAUGUUUAUAAACCCCUCAGUAUCCCUGGAUUCUAGAUUCCCUGCUGUCUCCAGAAUCCCAUAUGUUCUAGGUCCCAUACGUUCUAGUGGGGAAGUGACUUGGGCAAGGUCACCCAGCAGGUCAGUGGCAGAACUGGAACAAACGCCUGUCUCCCUCAUCCCAGAUGAGGUUUCUUUCUAUUUCAUCUUCUUACACAUUGAGCUUUCUGGGACUGGUUCGGUCUUUUUGCUCUGUGUUUGUACCGCACCUAGCACAGCAGGGUUCUGGGCCAGGACUGGGGCUCCCAGCACUACUGAAAUGAAAAAAAAAAUAAUAAUACUGAUUCCCACGUUUUUCUUGAACUACAUAGUUUCUGUAAGGUUUGUGGGGCAUUUCUGACAUAAUUUACAAACACCUUGUGACCAGCUCACUGGGAUAUUUCAUGUGGGGAGGCUCUGGCUUAGUUUAAGAGUGGCCAGUAAGGAAAACAGGAUGAUAGAAUAAAGAGGUGCACCAGAGACUCCACCUGUCCAUGAACAUUUCAGGGUGGUGAAGAGAGAACCUCCAAGCUAAUAAAAGUAACUCUGUAUGGAAUAUGGGUAAUCAUUCAUAAUAUUAUGGAUACAAAAUUGUAUUGAAACAUACCUGAUAUCCCAUGUAAGCUAUCAGUGGAAAAGUUAUCAUUUGAUAAAUAUGAUAUGCUUGUUUAGGUGUAUGCAUUCUUUUUGUGUCAUAAGUUGUAAAUAUGUGUGGUAUAUUGAUAUCUCAAAUCUGUGCUGUGUGUCUGGGUGACAUCCCCAGAUAGAUUACAUCAGCACUGUCCAGGUUGUUCGAUGGCCCAUCAAGAAUUGGCUGGCAGUGUUGUAUUUUGGGUAAGAUCCAAACCAGUAUUGAUCUGAGAAUGUGGCUGGCCCUUUGGGGAUUAGAAGAACAUUUUGUAUAGUUAAUAGAAU